AUGAAUGGGGAUAUAGAAAUUGAUUCACAAUUUUUGGGAACAUCUCAAAAUACUCCUGUGUCAGUUUCUAAUUCUCCACCUCCACCUCAAGUUGAAAAUGCCUCUUCUACAAAAGGAAAAUGGGGCUCUAACUUUAGUGUAGAGGAAGAUAAACUCCUCAUGGCAGCAUGGCUCAAUACUAGUUACAAUAUAUCUUAUACCACACGCACUGUUAUCUCCUUGCUAAGUCGUUGGGGAGCGAUUAGUGAAAAGACAAAUAAGUUUGCCGGGUGUAUGGCUCAAGUUAACGCACUUCAUCAAAUUGCUAUAACUGAAGAAGAUAAGAUUACCAAUGCGAAGGCUUUGUAUUUAGAGAUGCACAAGAAACCCUUUCUUCUUGACCAUUGUUGGCUCAUGUUAAAGGACCAACCAAAUUUUGCCGAUCCUAACAAUGCUAGAUCGAGAUCAUCCGUGCCUCCAACUCCGGAGUCAAUAUCUAUUAGCGAAGGGGAUUGUGGGUCCGGACUUGGUGACACUUCCAAUUUUAAGAGACCUAUUGGUAGGAAGGCCGAAAAGUUGGAAGAGGAAAAAAUGUUUAUUGAGAGGGAAAAACUUGCGAUCGAGAAGGAAAGCAAGGAAGAAAAGCUUAAGAUUGAGAAGGAAAGAAUCAUGAUUGAGAAGAAAAAAUUUGAGAUGACAGAAAGGUUAGAGGAGGAGAGAAUCAUGAUGAUAGAUACAAGUGGCUUGACUGGGACACAAAAAGCCUUUUAUGAACAACUCCAAGAGAAAAUCAUGGUUGCAUCCAUGAAUUACUAUUUGUUUCGCAAGUUCCUUCUUGAUGACUCAGAUGAAGAUGAGAUAAUUGAAGAACUUGUUAUGGAAACAUCACAACCUAAAUGUCAUCGUUCUAUCCAACGUAAUUAUUUGGUAGGCCAUGAGAGGCUUUUUCUUGAUUAUUUUGCUCCCACACCAAUAUAUCCACCCGCUUUAUUUCGUAGGAGAUUUCGAAUGAAACGUUCUCUUUUUCUCCAUAUUCAAUCUAAAGUAGAAGCUCAUGACUCUUACUUUGUCCAAAAAAGAAAUAGUGCCAAAAAACUUGGUUUAUCUUCAUUACAAAAGAUAAUUGCUGCACUUAGAAUGCUUGCGUAUGGAGUAUCAGGUGAUUUGAUAGAUGAAUAUGUGCGGAUUGGAGAAACUACUGCAUUAGAAAGUUUGAAAAAAUUUGUUACUGCGGUAAUUGAUGUUUUCUCUGAGGAAUACUUGAGAAAGCCAAACAAUGAAGACAUUGCUAGACUGUUAGCUCACGGCGAACGCCAAGGUUUUCCAGAUAUGUUAGGUUCAAUUGAUUGCAUGCAUUGGAAGUGGAAAAAUUGUCCAUUUGCAUGGAAAGGUCAAUAUUGUGGUCAUAUUCGUGAGCCUACUAUUAUUUUGGAGGCACGAUCUCAUGUAUUUAAUGAACUUGCCGAAGGACGUGCUCCUACAGUACAUUACUCAAUUAAUGGUCAUGACUACACAAUGGGAUAUUACCUUACUGAUGGCAUAUAUCCAAAGUGGGCAACAUUUGUGAAAACAAUCCCAGCUCCACAAGGACAGAAGUAUAAAUUAUUUGCAGCAGCCCAAGAGGCGUGUAGGAAGGAUGUUGAGCGUGCAUUUGGAGUGCUUCAAGCUUGUUUCGCAAUUGUCCAUGGACCUGCACGAUUUUUCCAUCUUGAAACACUCUAA